GCAACGACGAGCCAACCUUCACGAAAGCGGGUCUUCAUGUAAAAAAAAACCCCUCUGUCUAUCGCUGGAAAAAUAACAAAUACAAAAGAGGGGAGACGCCAAAUCUGAUCAAGAGAACAAAACCUCGCAAAAUCUGCUCACAAGCGAGCCUCCGAUCGAUCUCCGCCGUCGAUUGGAACCUGUCGGAGCUCCGAUCAAGAUUUGGAUCCAGAUCCGAUAACGCCGGUGGAUGGAGCAUCGAUCAUCGGCGAUAAGAGAUUAUUUUGGUUCGGAUUAGACUGGAUUGUGAUCGAGUCGAAUUUGAGGAGGAGGAGACGAUGCCAGGUCUGCUGAAUGCUCCAGCUCCGGCGAAGUCACCGUCGCCGUCGCUGGCGGAAUCAAAAGCGAUUUGGUCGAAGAAAUGCGAUCAUAUCACCUUCGAUCAACUCCAGAAGUUUUGGAACGAGUUGCCUCUCCAAGCGAGACAAAAGCUCUUGAGGAUCGAUAAACAAGCCCUUUUCGAGCAAGCUCGCAAGAAUCUCUAUUGCUCGAGAUGCAAUGGAUUACUUCUUGAAGGCUUCUCGCAGAUUGUUAUGUAUGGAAAAUCGUUGCAGCAAGAGGGCGCUUCCUCUUACCUUUCUAGAACAGGGCCCACCUUGAAGGCCCACAUUGACAGUGAUUCAGAUGAUAUGCUGGACCCUUCUGUUCACCCAUGGGGAGGGCUGGCAGCAAAUAGAGACGGGAUACUAACUCUUCUGGACUGCUUUAUAAAUGCAAGGUCAUUAAGGGUGCUUCAAAAUGUUUUUGAUAGUGCUCGAGCAAGGGAACAUGAACGUGAAUUGCUAUACCCUGAUGCAUGUGGUGGAGGUGGUCGUGGCUGGAUAAGCCAAGCAAUGACCAAUUAUGGCAGAGGGCAUGGUACUCGAGAAAGCUGUGCAUUGCAUACUGCCAGGCUUUCUUGUGACACACUAAUAGAUUUUUGGUCCGCAUUGGGUGAUGAAACUAGAACAUCCCUUCUACGGAUGAGAGAGGAGGAUUUUAUUGAAAGGCUAAUGUACAGGUUUGACAGCAAGAGAUUUUGCAGAGAUUGCAGAAGGAACGUCAUUCGUGAGUUCAAGGAACUGAAGGAAUUAAAGCGCAUGCGGAAAGAGCUUCACUGUACAACUUGGUUUUGUGUUGCGGAUACUUCUUUCCAAUAUGAGGUAUCAGAGGAUACAGUCCAGGCAGAUUGGCACCAAACCUUUACAGACUCGAUUGGAACGUAUCAUCAUUUUGAAUGGGCUAUUGGAACAGGAGAAGGAAAAUCAGACAUUUUGGAAUUUGAAGAUGUCGGUAUGAAUGGAAAAGUUCAAGUCAAGGGACUUGAUCUUGGAGAUUUAAGCGAUUGCUUUAUUACACUUAAGGCGUGGAAGCUUGAUGGUCGAUGCACUGAGCUCUGUGUUAAGGCUCAUGCAAUGAAGGGGGAACCAUGUGUCCAUCGCCGGCUAAUUAUUGGGGAUGGUUUCGUAACAAUAACUAAAGGUGAAAGCAUCAGAAGUUUUUUUGAGCAUGCUGAAGAAGCUGAGGAAGAAGAGGAUGAUGAUGCCAUGGACAAGGAUGGAAAUGAAAUUGAUGGUGAUGGUUCCCGUCCCCAGAAGCAUGCCAAGAGUCCUGAACUUGCAAGGGAGUUCCUCCUAGAUGCUGCAACUGUAAUAUUCAAAGAACAGGUAGAAAAGGCUUUCAGGGAAGGUACAGCCCGACAAAAUGCACAUAGUAUUUUUGUUUCUCUUGCCUGCAAAGAAAUCAUUACGUUAGAGAAGCAGAUCAAACUUCUCGAAGAAGAGGAAAGAGAAAAGCGUGAAGAAGAAGAGCGAAGAGAGAGGAAAAGAACAAAAGAGCGAGAGAAAAAGCUUCGGAGAAAAGAAAGGCUCAAGGAAAAAGAAAGGGAGAGGGAAAGAAAACACAAUGAAUCAAACUCGCCUGAAGUUUCAUUAUCAAAAUCUACAAAUGACUCUCCCACAAGUGCUCUUGACAACUCUUCGCCUACUAUUGCAGAUUCUGGGGAAGCUGUUAGUGACCCAGGGGAAGUUGUCACUGCACACAGGCCUAAAGAUGAGCAGUCCGCUAAUGGAUGCACUGAUACAAAAAACCUGAAUGGUGAUAUCCCACAUCACCAAUGUCAUGUUGACGAAGAGUUCAGUGUUAGAGAUAGCAAUGACCCUUUUAUACUGGAGCAAUCAAAAUCAUCUAGGAGGAAAUUGAGGUUGAAAAAGAAUUCUCUUCCAGGUCAGGCAUCCAAGUGGUAUGAAGAUGGCGUUCAUUGUGAUGAAUCUGAUACCGUGUCAAUGGAUUCUUCAAGAUUGAUAAAUGGAGGGCAUAGGCCAUUGAGGGAAAGGGUCGUGAAGACCAACACUAGAACUUGUAAUACUAAGUUUAGUGAGAGAUACAAUUCUCUGAGCAACAGAUGCAGCUGCAGUCAAAAUGGUGAUUACAGGCCAAAAGAUGGAUAUUACAUGUCUACCAUAAGACCAGUAAGGGAUAUCAAAACUGCAUAUAGAACGGAGGCAAAAAUGGAUAUGCCGAGAUCACUGUAUCGAGGUGCUAAAUACAGCAAUGGAUGUUUUAUUCCCGAUACUUGUGUUCCUCCCAAAGGGAAGCUUUCUUCCAGUAGUCUUAAAAGAGAUGUUGUCCAUACAAGGCAAGUAUGGGAGCCUAUGGAUGCUCGGAGGACAGGCACCAAAAGUAAUUCAGGUUGUGAUGUUCAUUCCAGAGCUGCUGUUAUGGCCAAUCACUCUGAAGGAAUUCAAUUUGAUAAAGCUGACGCUGAAUACUCACCUGAGAGCACUGGUGAUCUGUCUAAAGCUGAAACUUUGAGUAAUAACUAUGAGGGUUGUGAGGAUGGCAGAAAGACAUCCAGUACUGGAUUUGUGACAGUAGUGAAGUCUGAUUGUUACUCGAAGGAUCCCAUGAGCAACAGUUGUGGUGAUCCAACAAUGAGCUCAUCAAGUUCUGACAACUGCUCUUCAUGCCUUAGUGAGGGAGACAGCAGGAACACUGAAUCUUCGUCAACUUCUGAUUCUGAGGAUGCUAGUCCACAAUCAAAGGGAAGAGAUGAUGCUUCACUCAACAACUGCAAGACAAAUGGAGUUAGUUCUUUCAUGAGGUCAAAUUCAGGAUUCCAAGUAGCAGACUGUGAAUCUGUCUUUCCCGUUGAAGAACUAAGAGAAGCUGCCCAAAUUACUGACAAUGGGAGUUUUCUAUUCGAUACACAUCCACAGCAGCGGCACAUCCUACCAAUGCAUAGCCAAAGCAUCGACGUGCCAGCUUUCUCCUCUCCAGCUGCAGGGUAUCACAACCAAAGCGCAGUUUCUUGGGAAGCUUCUCCUAAUGGAUUGAUGCCAUUUCCCCACCCUAACCACUUUGUUUUCCCACUGAACCCUCUUGGUUACAGUUUACCAGCACCUCAGCCUUCAGAGUUUGGCAUGCAGUACAAUCCCCUGCAAACUAUAACUCCUCCUUUGUUUACUGCACGGCACCAUUCUCUGUAUCAGACUGACAACAGGGUGUAUGUUGAGAAUCCUGGAGAGCAGUUCAAUAACUUCAAGUUUGCUGAGCCAGUGUCCAACGUGAGCCCUCUUGAAAGACAAUAUCGAGACCGACAGUUGCCUUUGAAACUACCAUCAAAGGGACAAAAUGGGAGUGCAGGGAAUACUUCUAAGGUGCAUGAUGAUAGCUCAGUUUUCUCUUUGUUUCAUUUUGGCGGCCCAUUGGUUGGGGCUACACAAAAUACUACUGGAAUCUCAGCUACUGCUGAUAUUUCUUGCUCAAAGGAGGACACAACAAUGGAAGAGUACAGCUUGUUUUCUACAGGUAACAGCACUAGAUUUUCGAUUUUCUGAGUGCAUUACAUAGGUAUAUUGGUGAAAGAAGAAUGCUGUUGAGCGGUAUCCCUAUUUGGUGUGGAAGUGUGAGAGCUUGUAUUCGGUCGGUGACAACAAAUCAUGUUUUCUAAAAAAAAAAGUAUAUUUUCGCAUUUCAUUGUAUUUGGAGUUUUGCUUUAUAGGUUUUGGGUUGUCGAAAGAAAACUGUGAGUGUUCUAUACGGUCAUAUUAUUUUUCUUAUGUCAUGUAUGAGGUUAAUCAUUUUUCCAACAUCUAUAUUGAAGCUCUUUCAUAAAGGUAGAAGACAUGGUUUUUUUUA